AUGAAACCCACAUCUCCUUGGGCCACGCUUGCGGCAUCUCUGCUGCUCUCCUCCCAGUGUGUUCUUGCUAUCCCCAAACCCGGCGACGUCAGCGUGGGGGACCAUGUUCUGGAUCCUCGGGCGGCAACGGAACUUGAAGUGGCUGCAGCAGACGAUGACUGGCAUUGGGUUGCCACCUGGACCUCGAUGCCGCAGCUGGUCGAGCAAAACAAUAUGCCCCCUUCACAAUUCACCGGCGGCGGAGCGGUCUUUAGAGACGCCACUCUCCGACAGACACUGCACAUGUCGAUCGGGGCGGAGCGGAUCCGGAUCCAGAUCAGCAACACAUUUGGCGGCAGCGACCUGCCCAUCACGGCAGCCUCGAUUGCGCUGCCCGCGGGCGGCAGGGCCGGCGUGGCGGGCAUCGACACGGCCACCGUCAAACCGCUGACCUUCCGGAACGGGUCCGCCUCCAUCACGAUCCCGCGGGGGCAGGUUGCGUACACAGACCCCAUCAACUUCAAGAUCGAGCCACAGAGCAACAUCGCCGUCUCCCUGUACUCGCAGAGCGGCCAGUCCGGAAACAGCAUCACGGGGCACCCGGGCAGCCGGACGACGUCGCACAUGCAGUCCGGCAACCGCGUCAACGCCGCAACAAUUUCGGGACAAAACACCAAGCAUUGGUAUUUCCUCAGCGCUGUCGAGGCCUGGGCGCCGGCCAACCACAGCGCCUUCGUCAUCCUGGGCGACAGCAUCACCGACGGGCGUGGGAGCACGGAUGAUGCUAACAACCGCUGGCCCGACCUUCUCCUCGCGCGCAUGCAAAAAGCCGGACUCACACACAUAGGCGUGAACAACCAAGCUGCGGGGGGCAACACUGUCUUAUCCGGCGGGCUCGGCCCAACACUACUGAACCGGUACAAGCGAGACGCGUUGCAGGUCGCCGGGAUCAAGUACGUGAUGAUCUUCGAGGGGGUCAACGAUAUUGGCAACGGGGGGACGGACAGCGGGUCGCAGAACAGCCUCGGGACCAGGCUGCAGCAAGCCUUUGCGCAGAUUGCGCGCGACUGCCACGCGGCCGGCAUCAAGACCAUCGGCGCCACCAUCACCCCCUUUAGCGGGAGCGGGCAGUCGUACUCGAACCCGGCGCGGGACGCGGGCAGGGUGAGGGUCAACGACUGGAUUUUGAAGAGUGGUACCUUCAAUGCGACGGUGGACUUUGCCAAGAUUGUGGCCGAUCCGGCUAGGCAGAGCCAGUUGGCGGCCCAGUAUGACGGGGGGGAUCAUUUGCAUCCCAAUGUGGCUGGGUUCCAGGCGAUGGCUGAUGGGUUUCCGCUGGACUUUUUCAAGUGA